AUGAACCCAAAGAAACCGGGGAAAGUCCGCGUUAUUUGGGACGCUGCGGCUAAGGUCGACGGCGUAUCGCUCAACAGUGCACUCCUCAAAGGACCACAUCAACUCUCUUCUCUUCCCGCGAUUCUUUUCCGUUUCCGACUGUACGGGGUGGCAGUCAGCUCGGAUAUCCAGGAGAUGUUUCACCAGAUCCGAAUCCGAAAAGCAGACAAGAACUCCCAACGCUUCCUGUGGCGAGACAACCCGUCUGAGAAGCCCACAGUAUACCUGAUGGACGUUGCCACAUUCGGCAGUACUUGUUCACCGGCAUCAGCACAGUUCGUUAAAAACAGGAACGCCGAGCAACACCGAGAGCUGUAUCUGGAAGCGGUAAAAGCGAUUAUCAACGACCACUACGUUGAUGAUUAUCUGGCGAGUUUCAGCACGGAAGAGGAAGCAGCAAAAGUGGCACGCGAGGUACGACACGUACACGGCAACGGAGGGUUCGAAUUGCACAACUGGCGGUCGAACAGUAGCACGGUGCUAGAACGACUGGGCGAAGUUCCACUUGCUGCCGAAAAGCAACUGAAACUCGUUGACGGAGUGAAUACAGAGAGUGCUCGGAAUGCUAUGGAGUCCUUCAACCGACGAGCUGAGCUUUUCCACCCAGAUGAGUGUAGAAGUCCAGUCACUGAUUCAAACGGCCACGCGGCCGACAAAGAGGCAGUUCUUAUCCAAGACAUUUGGAGAGAAGGCACUGAAUGGGACGAACAAGUCAGCACAGACGUAUUUGCGAAAUGGCAGCGGUGGGUGCAGAUGAUUGAGUACAUCUCCGGGGUGCGCAUUCCUAGAUGUUAUUUCCACCAUGCGAAUCAUAAGACCUAUCACAACUCCGAGCUCCAUGUGUUCGUCGACGCAAGCGAGGUAGCGUACUCUUGUGCGAUCUAUCUGCGCACUCUUAGUUCAGAAAUGGGUCCGCUGUGCUGCUUAAUUGCUGCCAAAUCCAAAGUUGCUCCGCUAAAGCCGUUGUCUAUUCCCAGACUAGAACUACAAGGCUGUGUCUUGGGCGUACGUUGGUCGAAGUUCGUCCGAGAAAAUCACGGUAUUCCUGUAUCCAAGAUGGUGUUUUGGACGGAUUCCAGAACAGCCCUGGCCUGGAUCAUGGCCGACCCUAGGAGCUACCGACAAUUCGUGUCCUUCAGAGUAGGAGAGAUUCUGGAGCACACCACGGCAAGCGAAUGGCGAUGGGUGCCAUCAAAGUCAAACCCAGCAGAUGAAGCGACUAAAUGGGGCAGCGGUCCGUACUUCGACCCAAACAGUAAGUGGUUCCAUGGUCCGGACUUCCUGCGCCUACCGGAGGAAGAGUGGCCUCAUCCAAAAGAGCCGGUGAUGGUUACUACUGAGGAGAUGCGGGCAUCGAUUCUGCACCACUGUUCAUUCGAGCCGGUGAUUGACUUCGACCGAUUCUCUUCUUGGGAUCGGCUACUACGAGCAACCGCAUUCGCUCUCCGAUUCGUAUUACGCAAUACGACCAAGAUGCACCUGAAAUACACAGGACAACUCAGCAGUCUGAACUUCGAGCAGCAGAAACUACGAUAUGUACCGAACGAAACCGGGCAGGAGGCUAUCGGGAAACACAGCUCCAUCUACCGAUUAAUGCCGAUUAUGGACGACAACGGGUUGCUACGUGAACGUGGCCGGAUCGGAGCAGCUGCAGACAUCGGCUACAACGUGUGUCAUCCAAUUAUACUGCCGAGAAAUCAUCAUAUCACGGAACUUCUCGUUCGUCGAUACCAUGAGCGAUACCGUCAUGGAAAUACAGAAACGGUGGUUAACGAGAUCCGCCAGCUGUACAGCAUUUCAAGACUGCGGUUGGUGGUCAAAAGGGUAAGCCGUGAAUGUACGUUCUGCAAGAUCCGCCGAGCGAAACCAGCAAUUCCACCAAUGGCGCCGCUUCCACCUGCUCGCCUGGCUCACCAUGAACGGGCCUUCACCUACACAGGGGUGGACUAUUUCGGGCCGCUGCUGGUCAAGCUGGGAAGAUCAAACGUCAAACGCUGGGUCGCAUUGUUCACCUGUUUAACAGUACGUGCCGUCCAUCUCGAAGUCGCGUACACACUGUCAACCGAAUCCUGUAUUUCCUGCGUCCGCCGAUUCGUGGGUCGCCGAGGCCCACCCGCCGAAUUCUUCAGUGACAACGGAACAAACUUCCAAGGCGCUGACCGAGUGCUGCGACAUCAGAUUAGCCAGGGACUGUCCGACACCUUCACUAGUACCAAUACUAAAUGGAACUUCAUUCCGCCAGGAGCACCGCACAUGGGAGGAGCAUGGGAACGCCUGGUGAAGUCAGUAAAAACCGCCAUGUCCGAGGCGUGCUCCGAGGAGAAACUCGAUGACGAGGGGCUGCAGACACUGGUCGUGGAGGCUGAACGUAUGGUGAACUCGAGGCCGCUGACGUAUCUGCCGCUAGAGUCUGAGGAGUCGGAGGCACUUACACCGAAUCACUUUUUGGUGUUGAGCUCAAGCGGGGUGAUACAACGAAGAGAUCAACGAAGCAACGAUACAGUCUGGGUUCAGCCAAGUGAACUAGUCCGCCGAGAAAUCCUGGGGAGAUCCUGGGAACUAAUCCAGCGUCAGCUGGAUGUUUUCUGGAGACGUUGGUUGGUCGAAUAUUUGCCGGUGAUCCGCCGACAGCCGAAGUGGUUCGACGAAACUCGUUCGCUAGAACCAGGAGAUCUGGUGACGGUCGCAGAACCGACGAAGCGAAACGGAUGGGAACGAGGACGAAUCAUUCGCAUGAUCUCGAAUCCGGAUGGUCGACAUCGUCAGGCCGUCGUACAGAUUGGACAAAAGAGCGUGGUGCGGUCGGUCUCAAGGUUAGCGCAGCUUGACCUCAACGAUCAUCGUGAGACUCCGGAGAACUUCGGACCACACCCGGGGGAGACUAAGGGCACUCGUCAGCUGUCAAAGCGCCACGUCAGCUGCCGAAGCGCCGCGUCGACGCUGGUGGAAUGA